AUGUCAGAGACUGAAGAAGACCAGACGACAGAUCAGGAAAAGAAUCAGCACGAUGAUCAACAGCAGUUUUCAGACUCAAAACUAGGUUGUUCAAAUUUGCAGAAUGAAGUUCAAUUCAGAACUGAGAAUUCUGAAGAAAACUCUCUGUUGAGUGAUUGGAAUGGUCCUAUCCAGUGGAUUGUUGAAGAAGACGUAGAGUCCACAUUUGAGGAGUGUGUGGAGGAAGUGAGUCAACUGCUAAUUAGACGAGAAAAGCUCAUUCAGGAAAUUUCCACCUUAAAACAGCCAAUGGAACUGGAAGUGCAAACAUUGCGACUUCAAAUCUCGCAGGUGUGUGGCCAACUUGCAGACAUGCAGCUGCACAAACAAAGACUGCAGCAGGAAGUAAAGAGCAUCAAGAGGAAGCUGUUUGCAGCCACCAAAGACUGCAUACAGAGCCAGAUUGCUUUGGGAGCUCAGCAGUAUGAGGUGAAACAGUUUGCAUUAACUCAGGAGGAACUGCAGUUAGAGAAGAUGAAGUUGGUGGAUGAGCUACAGCGUAUACAUGAUGAGCAUUGCUGCAGGUUAAAUUCUCUAAAGAAGCAUCAGCUUCGACCAAGAACCAGAAGCGACCUUACACACUGUAGACGUUAUUCCACCGACUUUGAACGAUACGCCAAGUCCUCUAUGCUUAACCUGCAACAGUGGUAUGAACCAAGGCUUCUGGCACUACUGAAAAGAAAACAAAUGAGUGACGAAGCUCUCAGAAAGAAUCAAGAGCUGAAGGAGGACCUGAAGACCCAUCUGAACCCACUAAGAGAGGAAACAUACCAUCUACUGCUAAACAGAGACAAACUAAAGAACAAACUCUAUUUGAUGGAGCUUGAGAGAAAAGAUCAACUCACCCAGCACAGGGAAACUCUAUCAUCACUAGAAGAAACCACGAGAAAUUUACAGAUCCAGAUUAAGACCCAAAUCAACUCCAACACCAACGCUGCAGAACUCAUCAGCCUCCUCACUGCAAAGAGUCUUCUGUACAGAAGAUGUUUGGGACUCUCUGAUGAGUCAAACACAACCAAUGAAGGAAGCACCUGAGUCUCGGCUUCAGAACAGAAAACUGAAGUGAAUCAUACAACUCCAAAUCAGAAAAAGUUUGGACCAGUAUGUAAAAUGAAAAUUGCCAUUGCUAUUUUUUGUUCCACGCUUAAUGAUUCUGUAAAGAGACUCAAAAUUAUGGAGGAAGAAGAAACUGAUCACAUUUUGGUGUGUAUAAGAGAUUUAUUUCACUAAUCACCAAGUCUCACAGUUCAACUGACAGUUCACACAUUAGAAAUUUUUGCUUUAUAUUGUAUUAUUUUCCUGUUUAUAUUAACAAUCGAUGUUUUUACCACCAGCAAACUUUCCAUAAACCCACAUGUUGUAGCCGAAGGUCCGACAUGCAGCAUGUACAUUCAUUUACUGUACAUCAAUGAGCUGUUAUGAGCAUGCUAUAGGGGUGGAAUGAUACGUAUGUUAAUACUAAACUUUUAAUACAGGGGUCUUAAUACGAUGCACACUGUGAAUCAAACACUCUUAGUAGGACCAAGAUGCUGAAAACACAAACACAAAGGUGGAUUUUUAGGUAUGAAUAUGCCAUCACUGUUACACCUUCACUCCCUCAUCAAAGCUAACCCUCCUGUGUGUUACCACAGUACACAUUUGCAGUGUUGAUGGUCCACACUGAAAUAUAGUUUUUGUCUUGUUUC